AUGCCAGAAGACUUGCAGCGCUCUGAUGGUCCUGCUAUGGCGGACUGGGAGACCAGCUCAGAUGAGAAAAAUACCGAGAACAGGAUAGGGUUGGAGAUGGGUUUCAGAGCAUCUGAAUACGGCCAUGAACGCGACCCUCUCGCCAACACCAGCUGCCCCCUUACAUUCAUAGUACCUAACAGGUCGACAUCCAGCACCAACCUCUGCACGUUGACGGUCUAUUCCAACGCACGGCUCUGGCGCGAACCUUUGCAGUCUCGUUGGUCUGGUGAUGGCACAGGGAACGGAGUCGACCUUUUUGCUGGUCACGCGAUAUUGAUGCGAACUGAGCUUGGCGUCACAAAAUGUUCGCUUGGGAGAGAGGAACGGAGCAUUAUACCACAAAACUUGUUCCCAUCAGUAAAGGCCUUCGUGUGGAACGAGCCUGGGGCAUCGUAUCUUUACCAGUCCAAUAACGACGGGAUGGCCUGGGCUGACUCCGAGGAGACUGCUGCUACGUUCGCUGAGGAUUGCGUUAGGAACAGGAAUGUCAUCGAAGCGCCCAAAGCACCUGACAACUAUGACCAAAAAUGGCCAGCGCCAGUAAUGCUAAUCUUGGGUUCCCUUAGACACCGUAGAGGUGUACACCACCCACUCCUCCGACGUACCUACUGGGAUUGCGGCGUUGCAAAAUGA